UACGACGGGUACUGAUUCCAUAACCCCAGGACGGCGCGUGGGCGGAUGUGGUCGUAAAACUCGGUCUAGUCAAGCUGCUGCAUCGAAGGUUCGACGUAUGCGAGGAAGCGUGCGUCUUAUCCAUUACUUGGCCGGUAGCUCGCUGAAAUCGUGGUUCUCUUGCGUUUGCAUUCCUGCAGUCGCAACGCAAACGCGUCCAUCCAGUGUCCCAUCAAAGAAGGGACCCAUGAGGUGACACAGGUCGUUGCACUGCCGAAGGAGAUUCCACGCGGUGCGGCAGCUUGCUUGUAUUCGUCUGCAGGCCGUCUUACCCGUCUUUGCAGCUAAAUUCACUGUCGACGUCAA